AUGGGGCCGAACGUGCUGGGUAAACUGGGCCUUCUGCCGGCCUCGAGGGCGCAGGCUGCGACUGGGAGCGUUUCGCCCGCUACAGAAGAUGGCGCCUGUCAUGACGUCGAGUGCGCCGCCCCCGCGUGCGGCCCCGAGAACGACGCCGGGCGGCGCUGCACGCCGGGCCCGCCUGCGCGCCACGCAUGCGCGAAGGCCCAGCAGGCCAGCCACCGUCUGGCCGGACUCUUGGCGGCAGGACCGCCACCUGGCCUGUGCUGCGACGACUCCGCCUACUUCUAUGCGAAGCAGCACGCCUUCGAGGAGCAAUACGCCUUCGACGAGCAGCAGGCGUUCACGGAGCACUUCGCCGAAUUCGGCCACUGCGAGUUCGUCGCGGACGCCGUCCCCAGCCACCUGGGCGAUGGCCUCACCACCGCUCCCGCACAUCGAGGCCAUGAUGGCGCUCAGCUGUUCGCUCCGAAGGACGACAUCGAGCAGCAGGCCUCUGGCAAGAAGUUCAUUAACGAGGAGGCGGGAGACAACCAGGCGCCCGCCAUCUCCGACGGGGAGCCUGUGGCUUCUCAGCUGCGCUUCGACUCCGCUUCGCCGAAGCAGGACUCGUUCAAGGAGCCCAGCGGCGACCCCCAGCAGCUCGACGAGAUUCUGAGGCAGUACCCCCAGCUGGACUUCGUGCGGGCCCUCAAACCCAUGGAGCGCGAGCUGGCCGUUAAGGAGCUCAUGGCAAUGGUGCCGACCGAGAGCACCGAUGUGCAAGAUGACCUGCCCACCGUGGACAGAGAGGGGCUGAACGACACCACUUGCGAGAACCAGGUGUGCAUCGACCUACAGAGGCCCGAUCUGGGUGGGGCCGACAAGGAGGUCAUCGACUGGCGUACCGAGGCGGAUGAGGAGCCGCUGGAGCAGCCCGUCGUGGAGGCUUUGGACAAGCGCGUCGAGGACCACCUGCUCAGCGACAACAAGGAGCUGAGCGACACCGCCUGCGGGAUUCUCGAGCCCGCGAAAAAGGACGCCGUCGACCCGUGCGGCGAAACGGCCAUGGAGCAAACGGCCCUCGUGUGCGAUACCACUUGCGAGGACCAUCAGUAUCAAUGGAGAGUAUGUGGCUUAAAUGGCGAAUGGGAGGACUUCACCUCCUGUGGCAAUGUCAGCGAUGAUGAGGCGUUGGAGGCCAGAUACCAAAGGCUUCUGUCUGGUCGCAGCGACGCCAAGAUUAAGAUGAAGCUGAAGACGCACCUGUUCAAAAUGGACUUCCGCAACAUGAGCUUGAGGGCCGUCACCAGGAACGGCCUCGGCGCCCGACUGCGGCUCUGCAGAGAUCUGCUGUAG